AUGCAGGCGCAAUACCGCCCGUUCCCACAAAAUGUUCCCCAGAGGUCGCCGCAUGUCCCUGCUCCACGACGCGGAGGAAUUGGUCCUAUGAUGCAGCACCACCAGGGCUUGCACAACCCUCCCCAUGUCCCCCUCAACCAAGCCCAGCUGGCAGAGAAGCAACACCAGCAGCAGGCCGCCGUCGAGCGCGCCAAGCUGCGCGCCAAAAAGCCCACCGACAAGACCAUGCCCGAUGGCGUCGAGGACUGCAUCAUGAGCGACGGCGUCCAGCGGUACAAGGAGCUCAGGGACUUCGAGAGGAGGCUGGACGCGACCAUCACGCGCAAGAGGCUGGACAUUGUAGACUCUGUCAACAAGAACGCCAAGAGGUGGAAGACGGUGCGAAUAUGGGUCACAAACACCGUCGAGGACCAGGUCUGGCAAGGCAACGGCAUCAAUGCAGACAGCUUUGACUUCUCGACCAGCGCAGAUUCGAGCUUCCGCGUGAAAGUCGAAGGGCGACUGCUUGAUGACGACGACGAGUACGAGAAGGAGGAUGCCGAGGCCAAGGAGGGCGGCGACGGCGACAAGAUGGACACCGACGCGUCCGCCGACAAGGCCAAGACACCAGUCGCCAAGGCACCGCCGCGGCCCCGAUUCUCACACUUCUUCAAGAAGAUGACGGUCGACUUCGACCGGAGCAAGAUGCGCAACGGUGCCGAGCAGAGCGUCGAGUGGAACAAGCCCGAUAGGUUACCGAACAACUCCGCCAACCCACCGGCCGCGGCCGACUUUGACGAAUUGACCUUCAAGAAGAAUGGCGACGAGAAUAUGAAUAUCACAAUCAACCUCUUCAGGCAUGAGGAGCCCGAGCGGUUCGAGCUCAGCCCCGCGCUAUCGGAUGUGGUGGAUAUGGAAGCUGCAACACGCUCCGAGGUUGUCAUGGGCUUGUGGGAGUACAUCAAAUUGAUGGGCCUGCAAGAGGACGAGGAAAAGCGGAAUUUCCGUUGCGAUGAGCUGUUGAGGAAGGUCGUCCAAAGGGACACAGGCCACAUACCAGCCCUGCAGGAGUACAUCACUCCUCACCUCCAACCCCUCCCGCCAGUCAAGCUUGCCUACACCGUCCGUGUGGAUGAAGAGUUCCACAAGAGCCCGCAACCCACAGUCUAUGACGUCCGCGUCGCCGUAGACGACCCGCACCAUGCCAGAUUGGAGCAGUUCUUACGCGAUCCUCAAUACGCAAACAUGCUCAGCCAGGUUAAAGUCCUCGAUGAGCAACUUGCGAUCAUCAUCCAGGCCAUCUCCGACUCCAAGGCCAAACACAGCUUCUUCAAAAGCCUGGCCCAAGACCCUGCGAACUUUGUACGCGACUGGCUCAGCAGUCAGAAGCGCGACCUCGAGGUCAUCAUGGGCGAGGCCACGCGCGGUGGCGGCGAGGACGCGACGGGCGAUGAGUGGAGGAAGGGAGGAAAAGACAGUGUCUGGACAACACAGAAUGCCAGGGAGUCGGUGCAGUUCAUGUUUACCCGCCGCUAG